AUGGACGAAGAAACGGCAGUGGAAUUUCUUCCACUCCAGCCGCGAGUCUCAUUCAACACGUCGAACACGGCCAAGAACCGUCUCGCGCGUUCUUCCUCGACCGAGUCGUCGUCGCCAUCGUGGGACAUUGGAACUUCUAGUCGGCCUUUGGUUCAGCAAGCCUUGUGCUCCAUCUUGUUCGGAUUAUUCGGCUGGAACUUUCCGCGAUACUUGAUUAGUAUCGAAACAACGAUCCAACACAACGUCCCGCCCUUUCAAAAAACCCAAGCGGGUGAUGUCAUACUCGACUUUUUGCUGAAUCAAAACCUGACGUAUCCACCCACAGUUGGAUUGAUGGCGGCUUGGUCGUUUGCGCCGCAUCGACCCGCUCACGUUCGCUGGCAUGACGUACACGCCUCGUUUUGUGGUCUAAUUACGGCCGUUGGACUGUCGGAAGGUGCCACGGUCUUGCUCAAACUCUACAUCCAACGGCGACGACCCAAUUUCUACGCACUCUGCGGAUUCGAUAAGCAACUUUUACAGUGCACGGCAGAUUUGGAAAAGAUUCGGGAGGCAAGCUUUAGCUUUCCUUCGGGACACAGUAGCUUGGCCAGCUGUGGCAUGACUUUUUUGGUGUGGUUCUUUUUGGGCAAGAUUCUGUUGUCCCGGUGGAAUCGCUCGACGACCCGCAUCUUGUGCGCUGGUGCGUGCGUUUUGCCGUGGGGAUGGGCAGCCUUCGUGGGGGCCAGCCGGCUUGUGGACCAAUGGCACCACCCUUCGGAUGUAUUGGCUGGCCUCCUGCUGGGAGGCUUGUCGUCGACGAUUGUAUACCACAUAUGGUACCACCCGACCUGGUCGGAUGCUGCUGGACACCCGUGGUCACUCCAGCCUAACGAACGGAAACUCGAAUCAUUUCUCGAGUAA